GUAGUAGUCUUUCGAUCCUUUUCAAUGUUAGCAAAAAAAAAGUGUUGUUCUAUAUUGGUCACCAUACAAAUUGUCAUCCAUCCCAUGUUUAUACGCCCAAAUUUUUUUUUAUUGCUUUGAUUGACUACUGUCGUCGUUGUCGAAGCUACGUGCCGUUCAUUGGGAUAGAUUUUUAAUGUACACACGGUGAGCAACAGAAGCAGCAACCAGAGAGAGACAGAGACAGAGACAGAGAGAACGAGUCACACACAGAACAACACGCAUAUUGAAAGGGAUUUUUGGUUUAAAUGCAUGCAGAUAAUAUGCUCGCAAUACAUCAUCACUAAGGAUUUUGUGUGUUAUUUUUUUCGUACUCGGCACUUCUUCUUCUUCUUCUUCUUCUUCGUCGUCGUUGUUGUUAUUUAUUUUUGUUGUUUGUGUGUAAAAUUACAUUUAAAACGUGUGCAAACGACGAGAACGGUGGUUUGGCGUGGUAACAACAACAAAUCGAAAAUCACUUGAAACAACCGAACUGUUUUCGUUCGUGUGGUUUGGUGUGGAAAAUAAAAUAAUCGAAAGAAGAAAAAAAAACAAAACCCAGCACGGUGUAAACAUUGAUUGUGUGCAAUCGAGCGAUGGCUGAAGGCGAAGUGGACGAUUUGGUGGAAUCAUUCAAAACCAUAUCAGUACAAAGCACGAAUCGUAAUGAAUUGAUCGAAGUGCUGAAGAAGAUUGCCUCCACAUCGGAAUCCAAUGCCGCAUCAUAUGAAACGAUCAAUUUAACCGAUAAUUUCUUCAAACUUAUGACCAGAACCGAUUUGGAUGCCGAUGUCCGGGAGCAAAUCGAUCGUACCAUUGCCGAAGUCACCAAAAUUGAUGGCCAACGGAAGCGUUUCACAAUCAAUGCCAUUUUGGAGAAUUUACUGAAACGAUUGGCCGGCGAAACACAGCAAACAUGUGAUCGAACCCAGCCGCAGCAGCCACUUAGUGAUACGCAAUUGAUGACGGCAAUUCAGUGUUGUCGAGCAUUGGGCAAUAUUUGCUAUAACAAUGAAGAUGCACGCAAUAUCAUUCUGAAGCUGAAGGGCGAUGCUACAAUCAUCAAUUUGCUCGAUCUCAAGCUGGAUGCCAGCAAUGAAUUGGAGGUGACAUUUGCCAAAUUUCGCGGCGGUUUGAUAUCAAAUUAUUUGCUGGGCGGCGAACAUUUGGCCAAGAAUGCCAUGGAACUAGGCAUUUUGCAGAAAAUUGAACGGAUUCUGGACGAUUGCAUAGCACGUGGUGAAACUGAUCAGGGUGAAGAGAUUCUAUUGAACACACUGCAACCGCUUAGUUUACUCACCGAAAAUGUGGCCGAUUUAAACUUUUCCGCCAAACUCAACGGGCAACUGGCCAAAAUUUUAACCAUCUCGAAGGAUCCGGACGUGGCCGAAAUUUGCCUUGAAAUGCUCAACUAUCAAGCGGAAAAUGAUGAUGUGAAACUGCAACUGGCCAUGGAUGGUGUGUGUGAAACGAUUUAUCGUCUGCUGGAAACUUACAAAACAUUAGCAAAUACCAAUGAAGCGAGAGCUCUUAUGAAACUUGCAUGUGACUUAAUCGUUUUAAUCCUUACUGGAGAUGAAUCAAUGCACUACCUCUACAACACAUCUUUGCUGAAAUACAUGGAAGACUGGUUGGAUUCUUAUGACAUUGAUUUAUUAACAACUGGUGUACUGGCAUUGGGUAAUUUUGCCCGCACUGAUAGCCAUUGCAUUGCAAUGGUCGAGCGAAAUAUUACCAACAAAUUACUUGCAAUCCUUUCAAAAAAUAAUGGGAUCGACGAUGAGAUGAAGUUGCAGCAUGCGUUGUUGAGUGCGCUUCGAAAUUUGGUGAUACCAAAGGAGAAUAAGUCGGUGAUCAUAAAGGCGGGCUUAGUGGAAACGAUAUUGCCAAUGUUGAAAAUCCAUCAGGCGCCGGUGGUGUACAAAUUGCUUGGCACAUUGCGUAUGCUAAUCGAUGGUCAGCCGGAAUUGGCGCAUCGACUACUUGAAAAUGUCACAUUAAUACAACAGCUAAUCGAAUGGUGUCAAUCGUCGGAAUGUUCAAGCGUAACGGGUGAAUCGUUUCGGUUGAUGGCCUGGCUGAUAAAGCAUGCCUACAAAGAUACGGCAAGCAAUAUUGGUAGUGGCACAUCGAAAGUGGCGUCGACAGUGGCAUCAUCGUCGAAUCGUUCUAGUCUGAAAGCGUUUAUUAAAAAUGUGGGCUCGGUGCAGAGUAUGGUGACAAUGUUGUCGUCACAGCAUAUGGUUAUGCAGAAUGAAGCGUUAAUUGCCUUAUGUAUUAUGUCUUCAUUAUUUAUACCGUACACAGACAACGAUGCAGCCGAUGUUAAUUUAGCCAGAAUUUUAAUUGAUUGUGAUUUAGGCGGCAAAUUGGCCGAUUUUAUUCAGCGCAACGCUGACACAAUGACUAAAGAAAUUGUUGAAAAUGUACAAACUCUAAUGACACUGUUACGCUCAUCCGAUACACUUAUCGAACACCUCAAUCAACACAACAUUGAUGAAUUGCUGAAAACAAUUCCAAUCCUCACCGAAUACUGUACUUUGUAAAUUAGUUGUACGUUUUCAUUUUUAAACAAAAAAGUGUAAUUUAUGUUUUCAAUUUGUGUGUAGAGAGAAAGAGACAGAGAGAGAGGGAGAGAGAGACAGAGAAAUCAAAGAAAUGAAGCAUUUAAUAUUGCGUUGCGUUUGGCAGGUGUGCCAACGCACGCAUCUCAGCAAUAACAUUUAAACAAACAAAAAAUCGCUUACCAUUAGUGCAUUUUAUGACAUUAGCACAUUUUCCAUUAGGUUCCAAUUUUGUUUUAUUUUCUGCGUGUAUGUUCGAAGUUGGCUAUUAUCAUUUUGGUAUGGCUCCACCACUUGUUUCAUCGACAGACAACUAAAUGUGCAAUGUAUCGCAUUCACUUGAUAUAGAGGAGCGCGCGCGUGUCGAUGAGGAACGGGGAGCCGGCGCCAAUCAGAACAAACACUUUAGUGGUGGCAAGUGUUUUUAGUGUGCUUGAUCCAAUCCAAUUUUAGACAUAUAUUAGCAUUUAGCAUUAUAUCUAACACAUACUCCUUGAUGAGUACAUUUCUCUCUCUUUUUCCUAAAAUCUCCGUCUUUUAAACAAGAACAACCACUUAAAUUCAAUUCAAUUGUAGCGCUUAGAUGCAUUUAUUAUUUAAGAUCGAAAAACAACCACAUAAUUAUGAUGAAAACCUUACAACAUUGUACUACCAGAUUCUCAAAUCAUUAAGAAAAUAUAGACCAAAUUUUAUUCUGAACGAAACCAAA